AUGGCGGACAAGGACAAGAAGAAUCCUUCAGCAAAGAUCGAGACUGCCAACUGGCUCUCUUACUUUUCAUUCAACUGGAUUCAGCCACUCUUGAUCCACGGAUGGAGCAACACAAUCGUAGACACAGACCUGGACCUGCUGUCGCAGAACGAUCACGUCAAGGGAAUCACCGACAGACUCCUCAAGGAAUGGACAAAGGAAGUCGAAAAGAAGCAGCGCAAGGCAAAGGAGACGGGCAAACCACAACGACCUAAUCUCUACCUGGUCCUCUUCCGCUGCUUUGGUCUCUACUUCUCUCUUUCCCUUUUCACCGGCUGCCUCGAAUCCGUCUGCAAGAUCAGCGAGGCCAUCCUCAUGGGAUAUGUGAUUCGCUUCAUCCGCGAUCCCGAGGCUCCGACAAGCACAGGAAUGGGCUACGCGGUCGGACUCUUCGUCGUCACCCUCUUCCACGGCACCAUGCACCACCACUAUUUCUUCCCCACCAUGCGCACCGGUCUCUGGAUCCGCCAAAGUGUCAUCUCCCUCAUGUACCGCAAGUGUCUCGCCCUGUCCACCUCCAGCUCCAUCGCCACUGGUACCAUCGUCAACCUCAUCUCCAAUGAUGUGCAGCCGUUCGAAAACACGACACCGUUCAUGCUAUACGCCAUCAUCGGACCUCUGGAGAUGAUUGCUGUCAUGUACUUCCUCUGGAGAGAAAUUGGCGUCGCCUGCCUGUCGGGAUUGCUCGUCUUUGCCCUGUUGCUGCCCCUCCAAACCUACUUUUCUCGCCAUUUCGCCACCAUCCGCUCAAAGACCGUCAACGCCCGUGACGAACGUAUCAGGACUCUCUCGGAUGUCUUUUCAGGAAUCGAGUUGGUCAAGUUGUGCGCAUGGGAGGUUCCCUUCCAGGAGAAGAUUAUGAUGUUGCGCUCGAUCGAGGUCAAAUACAUCUUCAAGGCCAACACUAUGCGUGCUAUCAACAUGGCCAUCUACUUCUUCUUCCAGCCCUUGACCGCCCUCUUUGUCUUUGUCACCUACUGGCUCCAAUACAAGGCAGGAGAUGCCUCCAAGAUUCUGAGCCCCGACAAGGUCUUUGUUUCUUUGACGCUGUUCAACGUAAUGCGCCUUACCAUGACAUCCUUCUUCCCCAAGGCUCUCGAGACCAUGGCAGAGACCAGAGUCUCGGUUCGUCGCAUCACUGAUUUCCUGAUGUUGCCCGAGUUGAGAGGUAUCGAGAACGAGUUCCAGAGUGCUGCCGACGAUGACAACGACAACAAUGAAAAAGAUGCCGGUACCCAGCCACCUUCGGAUCCCGCGGUCUUGGUCGAGAUGGGAAACGCCUCUUUCUCCUGGACAGUCUCCACAUCUGAAAAGAACGAGGUCUUGGAGAUGUCAGCCAAGGAUAAGCGCAAGAACCAGGAAAAGCAUGGCGAGAAGCACGAAUUGGAGCAGAAACAAGGACAGGAACUUGACAGCAGCAGCGAUAACUUGACCGUCCUUAGCCCCACCAAAGCCGUUCUCGAAAACAUCACUAUGACCCUCCGCCGCGAUGAGUUGCUCGCCAUUGUCGGUCCUGUCGGAUGCGGAAAGUCCAGUUUCUGUAUGGCGUUGUUGGGAGAGCUGCCUCUGGUUUCGGGAUCCCUUGCCUUGGCCAAGAACAGCCAGGGCAAGCACCUCAGCAUGUCCUACUCUGCCCAGUCGCCAUGGAUCUUUGCGGGAACCAUCAGGAGCAACAUCUUGUUUGGCUCCAAGUUUGACCAGAAGCGCUAUGACGAGGUCAUCAAGGCCUGUGAACUCACCCGAGAUCUUUCCCUGCUCCCCAAGGGCGAUGAGACGAUCAUCGGAGAGAAGGGUGUCACCCUCAGUGGAGGUCAGCGUGCCCGUGUCUCGCUCGCCAGAGCCGCCUACAGGGAUUCGGAUGUUUACAUCCUAGAUGACCCCCUCUCGGCUGUCGAUCCCAAGGUUGGACGUGCACUGUUCCAGAACUGCAUCAACGGACUCCUCAAGGGUAAGGCCCGUGUCUUGGUUACCCACCAGCUUCAGUACAUCAAGGAUUGCGAGAAUGUCAUUGUUCUCGAGCAGGGCCAGGUCACCCAUGUUGGACGCGUGGACGAUGUGAUGCAGGAGGAGGUUGUUGUUGAGAAGCAGAUCGAUGAUGGAAAAUCGAUCAAGAGUGUCAAGACCCGCGCCAAGUUUGUCGACGUCCUCCGCGAGUUCGCCAAGAAGGCCCCCACUGCUGUCGAGGGCGAAGACGAUGCUAUCAUGAAGGCCGCCAUCAAGGAGGCUACUGCUGCUGAAGCUGCUCUCAAGCGUGUCAAGUCCAAGGAUACCGCCGUGGAGGAUGAUGGGGAUGGUCCCGAGCUCAACCUGACAGUCGAGGAGGUCCAGGAGGGUGACACUCCCUGGAGAGUUUACUACGACUUUUUCCGCUACGGUUCAUCCCCUUUUCGCCUUGUCUUGAUCGUUUUGUCUCUGGCUAGCGCCCAGGCAAUCAUGACUGCCGGAGACUUCUUCUUGUCACAGUGGUCUUCAAGUUCUGGGGAGGAGCAAGAAAGGUCGUACUAUCCUAUGGUCUUUGGUUUAUACUGUCUGGCCACCAUCGUGAUGACCCUAUUCCGAUCCUUUAUCUUCUUCUACUGUGUCACGGAGAGUUCCAAGGGUAUUUUCCAGGCCAUGUUGGAUGCCCUCCUCAAGACCGGACUCGAUUUUUUCCACGCCAACCCCCACGGACGGGUCCUGAACCGAUUCUCCAAGGACAUGGCCAACUGCGACGAACUGCUACCCUAUACCUUCUUUGAUACCAUCCAGAUCUUGUUCAUGUUGUUCGGAUCUGUCAUUGUAGUCUGUAUCGUCAACGCCUGGAUUAUCAUUGCUAUCCCAUUCCUCUUUGCCGGCUUUAUUGGACUUCGCACGAUCUACAUCAGGACCAGUCGUCAAGUCAAACGUAUCGACAGUCAGACCCGUUCGCCUAUCUACUCCCAGCUCUCCGAGACCUUGGAUGGAUUGACUUCGGUACGUGCAUUUGGUGCAGGAGGGCGUUUUAUGGGCCGGUUUGUUGAGGCGCAGGAGGACAAUGGUCGCGCCUUCUUCGCGUACCUGAUCUGCGCGCGUUGGCUUGGUUUCCGUCUCGACGCGCUGUCGGCGGUGUUCUUGGGUAUCACUGCUAUCGCUUGUGUGGCUGUUCGGGAUCCAAACCAGGCUGCGCAGCAGGCUGCGUAUGUCGGAUUAGCUCUCAACUAUGUCACCCAGCUAAGUGGAGAGUUGCAGUGGGCUGUCCGCCAGAGUGUCGAGGCUGCUAUCCAGAUGGUGUCGGUCGAGCGUAUGAUGGAGUAUGCCAAGGUCAAGCCCGAGGAGUCUGGUCGUCACCGCAAGAACCCUGAUGGAUCGAGUGUCAUCCCCAACGGAUGGCCUACGGAGGCCAAGGUCACUUUCUCGGACAUGUCGUUGACCUACCCCCGCGGCGACGGCCCCGUCCUCAAGAACAUUUCGCUCGAGUUCAAGGCUGGCGAGAAGAUUGGUAUUGUUGGUCGUACAGGAGCAGGAAAGUCGAGUAUGAUUGGAGCUAUAUUCCGACUUGUCGAGACUAUGGCUGGCGACCCACCCCACCGCGGUGGUAUCAGCAUUGACGGGAUCGACAUUAGUCAGAUCGGUAUGCACGAUCUGCGCCAGAACAUGGCGAUUAUCCCACAGGAGCCCUUCCUCUUCCGCGGCACGCUCCGGUUUAACCUCGAUCCUACAUCCAAGCAUCAGGAUGCUGAUAUCUGGGCUGCGCUCGAGGCUGCAGAGUUGAAGCGGAUGGUCGAGGGACUUGAGGGUGGACUGGAUGCGGUUGUGGACGAUAACGGCAAGAACUUCAGUAUUGGUGAGCGUCAGUUGCUUUCGCUGGCCCGUGCUGUCUUGCGGCGAUCCAAGAUUAUUGUCAUGGACGAGGCGACGGCCAACGUGGAUUUGCAGUCGGAUAGGAUGAUCCAGAAGGCGAUCCAUACGCAGUUCCAGGGAGCGACGGUGUUUACUAUUGCUCAUCGGUUGAACACUGUUAUUGGCGACUAUGACCGGAUCUUGGUGUUGGAUCAGGGUGAGGUGAUGGAGUUUGACGAGCCCUGGGCCCUGUUGAACUGUCCUCCGGGCGAAUUCCGACCCAGCGAGAUUAUGGGUAAGGACCCGUCUGUGACGACGACGUCUGGCAAGGGAUGGUUGAGGCGGAUGGUGGCGGAUACCGGAUCCGAGAACGAGGCCAAGCUCCGCCAGGCCGCCAAGGAGCAAUGGGACAAAAAGCACCCCUCUACCAGUAUUGGCCCUGGUACCAGCACCAGCUCGUAG